UGACUGACAACGGCUGCUUCUGCCAGGGCUUUAUUUCGAAAGUUCUAACCGGAAGACAAAGGCUAGCUUGACGCCAGUGGGCAGGAUCGUCUCCGGUGUUUUGGUCCGGUCCACCGAGCUCACGACGAUGACAGCGAGGAAGUCUGGCUCUCGACUGGAGACGGAGAUCGAGCGGUGCCGCUCGGAGGGACAAUGGGACAAGAUACCGGAGUUAGUGCGGCAGCUCUCGGCCAAGCUCAUAUCAAACGAUGACCUUGGGGAGCUGUUGCUGGGAGAAUGCAAGCUUCAGACGUACUUGAAGGAAAAUCCCAUCAAACAGGGAGCCAGUCCUCGGGGCCCACGACCGAAACUGGUGGAGGUCAGGAAGCACCUCACCGCUGCUCUGGACAGAGGGAACCUCAAGGCCGACUACCUCCAGGAAGCUAGCCUGCUAAUGGCUAAACUCUGCUAUGUUGAGGGAGAAUACAGAGACGCUUUAGGUCACUACAGCAGAGUGAAUCUGGAAGACAUGCAGCCGGCGGGAGCUCCUGUGUAUAGACUUUCUAUGAUAGCAGAGGCUUAUGCUACUAAAGGACUGUGUCUAGAGAAGGUCCCAGCUGCUUCUCCGUCUCUGUCCAAUAGGAACACUGGCUCUCCAUCGUCCAAUAGGAGCACAACAGACAGAGACCAGGAAAUCAUCUUAUGCUAUGAAAAGUCUGGAGACAUCGCUCUUCUGUACCUGCAGGAGGCUGAAAAGGCUUUGUCAGUAGGGAUUCAGAAUCGCAGCCCUAAACCCGGGCCGACGGCCCAGGACCAGGAGCUGGGCUACUUCCUGGAGACGGGCCUGCAGAGGGCCCACGUCAUCCACUUCAGGAAUGGUAACCUCACACAAGGUGUUGGACGGUUUCGAGAGAUUCUUCGGGCUGUUGAGACCAGAACCACACAGAACCUGCGCAUGACCAUAGCCAGACAGCUUGCAGAGAUCUUGCUCAGAGGAAUGUGCGAACAGAGUUACUGGUCCCCUGUGGAAGACCCGCCCACGGUGUCACCAUUGGACGAUCCAACACGGCAAGGACACACUCACAGCAAGAACUACAGCCUUAGCCGACACCCACGAGUGUACUCGGGAGAGAAUUUGUUUUGCCCUCAGGAGAAUACAGAAGAGGCAUUGCUGCUGCUGCUCAUCAGUGAGUCCAUGGCUAACCGUGAUGCCGUCUUGAGCAGAAUUCCUGAACACAAUAAUGAUCGUAUCAUCAGCCUACAGUCUGCGUCUGUGGUGUACGACCUGCUGACUAUAGCUCUGGGGAGGAGGGGGCAGUACGAGAUGCUGUCAGAGUGUUUGGAGAGGGCUAUGAAGUUUGCCUUUGAAGAGUUCCAUUUGUGGUACCAGCUCGCCUUGUCACUAAUGGCUGCUGGCAAAUCUGCUCGUGCUGUUAAGGUCCUUAAGGAGUGUAUUCGUCUAAAGCCUGACGACCCCACCAUCCCUCUGCUGGCUGUCAAACUGUGUAUCGGAGCCCUGCACUGGCUGGAUGACGGUGAGUGCUUUGCUAAGAUGGUGAUUGACAUGGGGGAGAAAGCUGCUGAGUUCAGAGCCAAAGGCUUCUUGGCCAUUGGGCUGGUUUACAGCCUUAAAGCCACUGAUGCCUCCUUAAGAAGCAUGCAGGAGGACUACCAGAGGAAAGCUUUGGGUGCCUUCCAGAGAGCUCAGAGUCUGUCUCCAACUGACCACCUCGCAGCCUUCUACUUAGCACUGCAGCUUGCUGUGUCCAGACAGAUCCCAGAGGCACUAGGGUAUGUUCGACAGGCGUUGCAGCUUCAAGGGGAUGAUGUCCACUCCCUUCAUCUGCUGGCCCUGCUGCUCUCUGCUCAGAAACACUACCACGAUGCUCUCAACAUUAUAGAGAUGGCCCUGUCCGAGUACCCGGAGAACUUCAAUCUGCUGUAUACCAAGGUGAAACUUGAGUCGAUGUGCAGAGGACCAGAGGAAGCUCUGCUCACCUGUAAACACAUGCUGCAAAUCUGGAAGAGCUUUUACAACCUUACCAACCCCAGAUCCCCUUCCUCACCUUCCUCCCCUGUGUUCAUCCUCCAGCCUCCUCCACUUCCACCACCCAAAAACCCAUCCUUCCUCCCACCUCAUCAGCCUCAUUCCCCUCCUCCUCCACCUCUUCCCACACCCACCAAAAGGACUCACUCGUUUUGCAACCACGUGACUCGUCGCCAGCUUUCCUCCAACUGUAAUCUGCCUCUGUGUCCACCUGCUCUUGAUCGAGGGAGAUUAGUCAGUACUUGCAGGAGAUGGCACGUAUGUUGUUCGGUAACGGACUCUUUCCCUCCAGGUUCGGUGCACGCUACUUCCAUUGCAGCCAGUCGUGUAGAGCAGGCUCUGUCUGAGGUGGCCUCCUCCCUGCAGAGCAGCGCCCCCAAACAUGGACCGCUCCACCCCUGGAUGACCCUGGCUCAGAUCUGGCUGCAUGCAGCUGAAGUGUACAUCAGUAUGUCGAAACCUGCCGAGGCGUCAGCUUGCACCCAGGAAGCGUCCAACCUCUUCCCCACAUCCCAUAAUGUGCUGUACACGAGGGGGCAGAUAGCCGAGCUGAGGGGCAACAUAGACGAGGCAAAACGCUGGUAUGAGGAGGCCCUGUCCAUCAACCCGACACAUGUCAAGACCAUGCAGAGACUGGGUCUGAUUCUCCAACAGCUGCAGCGCUACAGUCUGUCUGAGAAAGUCCUUAGGGACGCUGUGCAGGUCAACAGUACGGCUCAUGAUGUGUGGAACAGUCUGGGUGAGGUGUUGCAGGCUCAGGGAAACGCUGCUGCUGCCACUGAGUGUUUCCUCACCGCCUUGGAGCUGGAGGCCAGCAGCCCCAUUCUGCCCUUCACCAUCAUACCCAGAGCUCUAUGAGAAACACACACACACACACACACACAAAUGCAAAUAAUACAUAAGAACAUUCAUAAAUGCUUCCUCCCUACCUUCCCACAAUGCCUUGCUGUGGCUGUGACUCUUAACUGUGUGCGUGCGUAAGUCUGUGCCGAUACAUUGCUCGUUUGUGUCAGUCUGCACUUUUUGUGUGCCUGUUUGUGUCUGUGCAUGUGCACCCAUGUUUGUGUAUGUGCGGCAACAUGACGCCCGUGCGUAUUCUGUGUGUGUGUUUGUUUUUUUGUCCUGUUCACGGAUGUUAAUAAGAUUCAAUUCAAUUCAUUACUGUGACACUGUUAGCAUUGACAAACCUUAAAGUUUACAUUUUGUUUACAUGUUAUUAAGUACCAAAACAAACACACACACACACAAUUUCAGGAUCCUUUCACACGCACUGAGAGAAGAUCUAGGAAACUGUACAAAAAUGUUGCUCGAUUAAACUGUAUUAACAUUAGUGUCAUUCAGUUUACCGAUGGUAAUCACUGAAAUUGAAAGAGUAGACGUAUACGAGAUCAUAAAAUAGAAAUAUAUGACUGCAGUAAAUAUGAAGCUAGAGCCAGCUGUUAUUAGCCUAUCUUAGCAUAAAGGCUUAGCAGUAUCUCUACAGCUCACUAAUUAACAUGUCCUAUGUUGUGUAAUCUGUACAGCAACAUUUAAACAACAACAUACAGAUUGUGCGAUGUCCUACUUGUCUCUUGCCACAUUUUCUCCGUCUGCCUCUUCACUUUUGGCUGAAUUAUAGAGGAAAACAUGCUCGUGCUUACAUGCUUGAACUUUAGAGAUGAUGGUAGACGGAUGUCAGGAAAUUAAAGCUAAACCAAUAAGCUCCUAGCGUCAUAUUUAGUCAACAGAGAAACUAGACCGAUUUCUCAAAAUGUCUAUUGAAAAACAAAAUCUAUUGCUGGAGAGUUGAUUCAAUUUCCAUAGUAAUAAAUGUUUUUAAUGAUCACAAUCUGUUUGGAAGAGCUGACUGUCACACAUAAGAGCAGAAACCGGUCAGUUUCAUAUAAACUGCAGCUGCUGUCGAACAUUUCUAUUUUAACUCUAGGAAAUCUUCUCCACUCACGGUGCAAAUUCAUGAAUCUGAUUUUGUGUUGUGUGUGAACGCAGCCUCAGUGACUGUGUUGUGUCUUUGCCCUGUCACACAGUCACGUUAAAUACAUCCAGAUGAAUAUAGCUUUUUUUAUUUUUUAAUGUUUGAUGAUAAAUACACAAGAGUUAUCGUUGUACAUUUGAUUGUUCCAAGUGUAAUAUUACUGUUAUUAUUUUAGAGAGUAAAUUAUAAUUCUAUUUUCUGGAGAGUGAUGUUACUGAGGUGCUGUGGGGGGAGUGAAAGGAUCAGCUGAUUCAGUUUGUUCAGUCAGUGAGUCCUUAGUGCUGUAAAUGAAUGACUGAUAUAAGAAUGAUAUUAAUGAAUCAGAGAA